UAAACCUCAAAAUCCCCCGAAGAUUCGAAUUCCGUUAUCCUCUAACCAAGCCUCACACAUACUCCUCUGCUUCGAAUAUGGCGCUCACUGCUCCUCUUGCUCACAACCCAUUUCCAAAAAUCCCAAUAACACCCUUUCAUGGCGAAGCUUUACCGUCUUCGUCAUCCUUUAUUGGCUCUCCGCUUACACUCUCGCGUUCUUUUUCCCUUUGUGGAAACCAUUCACUCUCGAGAAAACAGUUCGUGGUUUUCGCGAAGAAGGUUUCGGGGCUGGAGGAGGCAAUGAAUAUCAGAAGAGAGCGUGAACUUCGAGUUGUGACAAAGUUCAAGAAAAGGCCUCCAUUAAAGCGCGGGCGAGUGUCUCCAGGUCUCCCUGUCCCUGAUCACAUACUAAGUCCUCCUUAUGUUGGUACAAAUAUACUUCCAGAAAUUGCAAGUGAGCAUCAAAUUCAUGAUUCUGAAGGCAUAGCUAAAAUGAGGGCUGCAUGUGAGCUUGCAGCACGUGUGUUAAACCAUGCAGGAACUUUGGUUAGGCCUUCUAUAACAACUAAUGAGAUUGAUAAAGAAGUACACCAGAUGAUAAUUGAUGCUGGUGCUUAUCCCUCUCCCCUUGGCUAUGGUGGAUUUCCGAAAAGUGUGUGCACAUCAGUUAAUGAGUGCAUGUGCCAUGGAAUACCUGAUUCUCGACAGUUACAGAAUGGUGAUAUUAUUAACAUUGAUGUGACAGUCUACCUGGAUGGAUAUCAUGGAGACACAUCAAAAACAUUUUUUUGUGGGGAAGUCAGCGAUGAACUGAAAACUUUUGUCAAGGUAACUGAAGAGUGUUUGGAGAAGGGAAUAGCUGCGUGCAGGGAUGGUGCUCUUUUUAGGAAAAUUGGAAAGAAAAUCAGUGAGCAUGCUGAAAAAUAUGGCUAUGGUGUAGUGGAGCGUUUUGUUGGACAUGGUGUGGGAAGAGUGUUCCAUUCAGAACCAAUUAUUUUACACAAUCGAAAUGAAAAGCCAGGCCGCAUGGUUGAAGGUCAAACAUUUACUAUUGAGCCGAUUCUUUCAAUGGGAAGCAUUAAGUCUAUUACAUGGCCAGACAACUGGACAACGUUAACGGCUGAUGGUAGUCCCGCUGCACAGUUUGAGCAUACGAUUUUGAUAACCAAGACUGGAGCCGAAAUUUUGACUACAUGUUGAUGUGGUAAUUCUUCUUUUAAUUUUCAUUCACCAUGUUUAUGAAAUCAGAGUAGAGUUUAUGUCUAAAUUGUAAAUAUGUGCCUUAAAAUGAAUUUGUUUCUGGAAGACUAUGCUCAGGCAACUAAAGAUUGUCUUCCGGAGCUACAAUACCGAAUUCUCUAGUGCAUAAAUUUUCAUAUAUGAUGGCACCAAUUUAGAGACAUACACUAAGGACAUAUUUCUAUCAGAAAGUACGAAGUUAUGACAGUGCAUUCAGAUAACUAUUCGCUUCCAACUGUUUAAUUUUAUGUUUGGAA